AUGGCUGAGACGGAUAAAUGUGCCGAGGAGCUGAAUGGAAAACAGCGACAGCAGGGCAGGGCCAACGAGACUCGACGCAGGGCAGUGCUGAGCCCAUGCCCUGUUGCUGCAGCCAGAAGGUGUCACUCCAUCUAUAAGGGUUUUGCUCAGUGUCUGAUGGCUCUGGGCGACAGUCUGACGGAUAACGCCCGCAAGGACGAAGACACACACGAGAUACACUCCAUCUGCAGGUCGUGGGAUGAGUUCCAUGACUGUGCCAACGUGGCGAUGGCCGGCUGUCCAGAGGAAGCGGCGGCCGUCUGGGAAUCUCUCCGCCAGGAAUCCAAGAAGAUGCAGUUCUCCGGCAACCUGUACGACAUGUGCUCCAACCGCAACAACCUCCCCGCGGCCUCAGUGUCCCCGCACGGCUCACCCAGUCAGGAAGACAUCAACCAGGAGUCUCUACGAGGGCGCGCUGAUCACCUGGCAGGCUGCCUCCAGCUUCUCGUGCUACUGUCUCCUCUGCUUCUGCUGGUGUUUUGGAUAUAA